UCACCUGUGAUAAUUUGUUGCUAGCAAGUACGCACAAACAAACGCGAGCGUCCUUAUAAAUAUCCGCUUCAUCACCCCACACAACUACCUUCUCACCACCUUUGUGUGACACCAAACGCUGCUUCAGCAAGAAAAAACUAAACAAGCAAACAAGAAGGCAUGCAUACUCCCAACUCCCAGCCACCCCCCCCCCCAUCCCCGCAAUCCCGCCAACAUACAACUUCCUGUCCCCCUUCCUUCACAAUCAGCCCUCAGUUCCCCCAAUUUCCUCUACCACCCCGGAACACACGUUCGUGCCCCCCUUCCUUCAGGAUGAACCCCCAAUCUCCCUCCUUCGUGCAAAAUGCGCAAAUCCACCCCACCCCAUCUCCCCAAGAGCGCCUGCCGCCCGCCCAGACGAGCACCCUCAACCCGCGGGUGCAAUCUUUCACUCCCUCAGUGGAGCCUCAAACCACCGACGGCGCCACUGCGGACGAAGCCACUGCAGACAACCUUCCCUACGCCACCGCAUCCCCGUACUAUUACGCAACUUCGCCAGUAUACCCCCACAUGAGCCAACCGCCCAUGAACCAGUCUCAUUUCGACCAGCGUCCGUACGUACAGCCGUACGGAUUCGACCACCCAUUGCGUCCCAACGGUGAGGUAGAGGACAACAGGUCCUACAAUCUCGCCUUUUACAAUCAAAUCGAGAACAUCAACACCGCGCGCAACUUCCUGGAAUAUGAGGGCCAGACACUCCCCAGGAACCCUUAUCAAGUCGGACAGGAGCCUGAUUGGCAAUGA